AAUCUCUGUAGAACAAGAGUUCUCCUUUAGGAUCAGAGAUGGCUUUUAACAAGAAUACAUCUUUUUCAUCAUCAUCUUCAUCGUCCUCAGUUGUGGAUGAAAUGUCAGAGAUGUCGCUGAGGAACACAUCUCUGGACUCAUCCGAUGAGGAUGUUUCCUCCAGUCACUGUACUGACAGGCUUGUGAAACAUCAACUGCUGAUGAACAAAUUCCUGGACCUUCAGUACAGAGCCCGAGAGCGCCAGGAGGAGUUUCAGUCACUGCUGGAGCGAUUUAACUAUAUACAGGAAUCGCUAGAAUGGGAGAUUGAAAAAGUGGAGAAAUCCAUGUUCAGCAUGGAGUGGCUGGAGGACUUGCAGAAGAUCAUUGAUGAGUUCCAGGCCAAUAUGGCAAACAAUGUGAGCCGCCUUCGAGAGAGCUUCAGAAAAAUGCAGGAGGUUGCCUCGAAAAAAGUUCUGACCGUGAAGGCAAAAGGUAAACCAGGAAAAGAUCUGGAUGCCAAAGUAGUUAAAAGCAUUCAGUCUCUGCCGACUUGUCCCACGGUAGCAGAAUUGAAGGCAAAUUCAACCGCUGCAUCAACGUACUCAUCAAAUCUGAUCAUCGCCUUGAAUAGCAUCACCAAAUCAUCCUCCUGCAGUCAGCCACAAGCAAGGCACUAAAAACUAU